AUGAAGACAGAAGUUGGGCCUGGGCCUGGGCCUGGGCCUGGGCCUGAAAUGGAAAUUGAACGGCUAUUUGCAAACUUCAGUUGUAGCUAUCUAAUUUUAACGACCACCAUUGUUUAUGGCGUGAGGAAGUAUUCAAGGCGCGAGGAAGGAUUGAGCAAAAAAUUGCAUAUAGUGAGGAUGGAGUACAUAUACAACAUUGGUGAUCGCUGUGAUGCAAAGGUUACAACACGUUCUAAUGUGUCGAAUGUGGAAAAAGUAUAUGAAGCAUUAGAUGAUGUCCAUAAGGAGAUGUUCUUGAAGUCGUGCUUUGGUAAACUGUAUGACGUCAGGAACAUGCAAAUAUCUGCUCAAUUAAUUCACAACCUAUUAUUACGAAGAGUUGUUUCGGUCAAUGAGGAUGAAUUGUGGUUUUGUUUAGGCUUGGAAAAAGCUGUUCGUUUCUCCCUAUUUGAGUUUAUGCUCGUGACUGGAUUAAGCCCUGCGAAUGAGGAUGAGUAUGAGAGUCAAAUAAAUGAAAAUGGUAGAUUGAGAAAUAAAUAUUUUCCAACAUCUAACAAGGUUACGCCUAAAGAAUUAAAUGAGGCAUUUGAAAAAGAGGUACAAGACAUGGAUGAUAAAUACAAAUUGGGUUUAGUGCAAACAUCUAACAAGGAUCCGAAACCCAAAUACUCAUUGUGGGGAUUUCCACUAGCGAUACAGGUUUGGGCGUUCGAGUCUAUUCCUCGAAUAGCAAACAUGUAUCAUGCUAGGUUACAUAUCAACGGGCUGCCGAGAAUGUGUCGUUGGAAAUCAACACUUACUCCUAAUUCUCAUGAUAUUGCUGAAGUCUUGGAUGACCCACAACUCCAAGUUCGUUGCUCAUUGACAGCUUCUCCCGAUGAGACUGAACAACAAUAUGUGAAAUUAUUCGUUCACGAUACUAGAAAAGAAGAGAAAUUUGGGAUGGAGACAGUUGCAGGGAACAUUGAGAGGGAGACGGAUGUAGUAGACAUUGAUGUGGGGACUAAUGUGGGGACUGGGAUGUACACUAAGGUUUUUACUCGGAAGAAGAGAAAUUUGGAUAAAACUUAUCAACAAACUGAUGCCUUGACACGAGAUAAAAGACUUAGAAAAGCUUCAAAUUUAGGUGAUGGUGUUCCAUACAAGUUGGGUCAUAUCAAUUUAGAAGACGCGAAAAAAUGGUUUAACGAUGUGUUGAAACCAGGAGGAUGGUUUCUAGAUGAUCAUGUUGACAUGGCAUUGCAUUUGUUGCGAGCUCGGGCAACAAAAUAUCCCAAGUCUUUUGGUGGUUCACGAGUUAUAUUGGAUGUGCAAUUUAAUAACGAAUUGACCUUCGCUAUGUUGGAUUUACGAAUACCAAAACUACUAAACAAGCUCUUUCGGGUGAUUGUGGUAUGUACGUAG